AUGUCAAGACGCCGCAUCCGCACCAUCGCCGGCGCCGACACCCUCGGCGCUACCGCCGCCAGCGGCACCCCGGAGGGCAGAGACGGGGUGAGCUCGCGCGCUGAGCUUCCGCGACGGGGGCUGGGCCCACGACGGGAGUUUGGCGGCGGCGGCGGCGGCAGCGACGGCGGCAGCGGCGGCAGGGAGAGCAGUAGCACGGGCGGCGACGGCGAUGUGGGUCGUCCUGGCGGUGUUGGCGCUGCUGGCGACGACGUCACGGUGCCGGGGGGGGCAGCUGCAAGGAGCCGCUUGCGACAACGGCCGUCCCCUGGUUCCAGCACGCGUCUUAGCAGCGCCGCCAGGGGGGCACGGCGACGGCCGACGGGCUACUGGGGCGCACCCGGCAGCGCCUUUGUGCCCGAGCUGCUGAAGCGCCUGAGGAGGGACAGGUACGGGCUACUUUACCGGUCAGGUGGUCAGGCGCACGGAAUACUGUGGUGGGCGUUAUCGCAGUGCAAUCAGCAAGUUCGUGAAGAGGCCGCGGCAGCGGUGGCGGCGGCGGCCCCGGUGGCGGCGGCGGCGGCCGCGAAGGUGGAAUCCGAAGCUGGUCGUGGCGGUGGCGGUGCUGCUGCUGUUGUUACUGCUACUGCUGCUGAUGGUGAUGGUGUUGGAAUGGAUUUGUUGCGGAUGUCCGCCUCCAUCAUCAAGAAGCGCGAAGUACUGGACAGCGAGUCGUUCAAGCCCCAGGAGUUUAGCAACAUCAUCAUUGCGGCUGCGCGCCUCAAGUACUCGAGCGACCCGCUGUUCAUCAACCACCUGCUGACCCACAUGGUUCGGCACCCGGGGCCCUUCAAGCCGCAAGCCAUCUCCAAUACGAUUUAUGGCCUGGGCGAGCUGUACGGCAGUAGUGAACAGGCUUGCAGUACAGCGGCAAUGGAGGCCGAUCCCGAUGAUGAUGACGAUGACGACAGCGGCGGCGGCGGCGGCAGCCGCGGUGCUGGUUCCGAGAAGGUGCUGCUGGCGGAAGGGGCUGCACAGGGGCUGCAAAGCUUCAGCAACAGCAACAGCGGCGGCGGCGGCGGCGACGGCCAAACGUCUGCCGAAGGGCCGCCGCCGCCAUCUUCUUCCUCGCCAUCGUCCACGACUUUGACAGGGUUGCCUGUGGCCCUGGCGGGCCAUGAGUUGUCCAACACGAUUUACGGUCUAGCGCGGUUGGGAUUGCGCAUACCGGUCCAUCACGACAUUGUCGUCAUCCCGGACGGCGCCGCUGCCGGCGCCAUCACCACUGCCGCCGCCGCGGCGCUAGACGCUUCGGGAACGCGAGCGGCCGCGGCAGCGGAAGCAGGGCCGCCGCCGCCGCCGCCGCCGCCGCCGCCACCACCUCAGCAGCGCACACAGACUGAGACGCAGCGGGCGGAUCACCCCCAACGCGGCCGCGGCGAGCCGGAUUUCCCCGAGGACCCUGACGAGGCGGCCCGGGUGUUCAUCAUUCGAACGCAGGAGCACGUGAAGUCUCGUUUCCUGCUCCCGCGGCAGCAGCAGUUUCCGCUGCCCUUCGACCCGCAGUCCAUGUGCAACAUUACUUGGGCCCUAUCGCUUAUUGGCCAAGCUGACCAAUCAGUCUUCACGGCGGCCGUACAUGCUGCAUUGUACGGCGGCUGCAUGGACAACGCCAAUCCGCAGGACUGCGCGAUCUUUUUGUCGACCCUGGCAAGUCGGACGCACCGGCCGCCGCGGGAGCUUGUACGGCUGCUGUACGGCGGCAUGUGCCGUCGGGUCUGGCGUACGGAAGACCUCCGAGCUUGGCCCAUCCUGCUAUAUUCGAUGGCAAUGUUGGACAUGUACGAUGAGGAUGCCGUGUCAUGGAUUGCCGGCCCCGUCGAUCUCCACCGAGUCGCCGCCAUGGAGUCCGAAGACCUGGCCACCUGCUUAUUCUCCUUGUCGGUGAUGCCUGAGGGCGCGAUAGCUCGCCACUCCGCACUGGUUUCAACGCUGGUGGAGGCCGUGAACCGUCUGGAAGCUGAAGAUUUCGGCGAGAUUGGACGCGUGCAGCUUUGGCAGUUCCACGUGGAGUGCCAAGCAGCUGCUAACGACCAACCGUCAACCUCCAGUGGCGGCCCGGCCGCAGGCGCCGCAACUCGGCCAUCAAACCCGAAAAGGCAGCAGGCCACCAGCAGCAGCAGCAGCAGCAGGCGUAAGUCGACAGCGGCGGCGGGGCUCGCACAAACUGCUUCCACGGCUGCCGAUAGCUCGACCCAAGAUACGAGUCAGACUCGAACCCCCCGAAGCGGGGUUGUGUUGCCGCAGUUGAAGCCUGCGCUUGCAGCAGCUGGCCGCUGCGCCCUGCUGGAGAAGAACUCGCAUAUCUCCGCGAAGAAAUCGAGCACCCUCCAGCUUUCCGUGUUCUUGCUCUUACGCAGCAUGAUGAAUCAGGGCCAGACUCAGCAGCAGCAGCAGCAGCAGCAGCAACAACAACAACAGGAAACACAGCAACAUGCAUCUGAGGAGGAAGAGCAGCCGCACCUGGGGCAACAACAGCAGCAGAAGCAGCAGAAGCAGGAUGGCAGGUGGCAAGGCCAGGAGCAAGGCAAGACAGUCCGCCGUAAGGUGCGAAACGCGCUGUCGAGUGCUGGUACAACAAUCGCCAGUGGCGGCAGCAGCGCCGCGGCGGCGGCGGCGGCUUCCGUGGAUGCAUCAAGAGAGGAUUCGGAUGAUGACGUGACGACGGCGGCGUGUACGGCGGCGGCGCGGCGGCGAGGUGAGCGGGCAUCCCGGUCCCUGCCGUCGACGGCGGCCUGUAACGUCGAAGAUGGCGAUCCUGCCGUCCGCGGUGUUGCCGCCGAUGAUGACGUUGUUGUUCGCAUCUUGCGUGUUGAGCCCGAGUGGUUGGUGGAGGAGCUGGGUCUGCGUGUCGACUUGUGUGUGUGGCUGAGUGACGGGCGGCAGGUGGUGGUUGAGGUAGACGGGCCCAGCCACUACUUCGCCAACCAGCCGUGCACCCGACGGCCCAAGACCGCGCUGAGGGAUCGGCAGCUGGGCAGGGUGUUCGGACCGGACAACGUCAAGUGCGUGCCGUACUGGGAGUGGGAGGUGCCGGGGCCUUCAGAGUCCAAGAGGGCUUACCUGAGGCAGCUCCUAGACCUUCGGCCAAUCUAG